CUCCGAGCUCCGGGGGACCCACGGAGAAGAUGCGAUAGGGCGGGGGCUGGCUGCAGUUGGGUCGGGGCGGGGCAGUGGGUCGGGACGCGCGGGGCCUCACUCAUCCACGAGGGCCGCGGCUCCCUGGUGAAGAUACGGGUAGCGGCUCCCGGCGGGUUCCUUCACUGGUGUCUACGCGGGCACGGAGCUGCCAUCGAGCCGGCCCCCAUUGGGGCCACUCACCUGUGCGGGCCUCGCGCUGGCCUCCUCGUCCGGCCGCACUCAGAGCCGGGGCGGGUCCUGCUGCGGCGCGGAGUGAGCGUGGGUCCCGGCGGGCACUGGGCGGUACUCGACGGCAGCUCACUCACUACCUAAUGUUUCGCAGCAAAAUGAAAUGAGCAGCGCGUCCGCGAGCACUGCUACUCCCGCACCCGAAGCGCGCGUUCGCCCCGACCCGCGAGGCAAGUUGUUCGCUGUGGGACUUACCACACGCCGCAUAGGGAACCGCGGCCUCUCCCCUUGCCAGGCCGCGCGCGGGGCGGUCCCCGGGCGGGGUCCAGUAGGUCCACCCCGCGCAGGGCAGAGCUGGGGGCUCCAAUGCCCCGCUCGGGCCCCGUGGACAUGGUGGCGCCGGGGGACCCGCGGCGACUCUGUAGACUGGUGCAAGAAGGCCGGCUGUGCGCCCUGCGGGCGGAGCUGCAGGGAGCCGGGCGCGCUGGCUGCCGGGGACCCGCCGGGGACACCCUCCUGCACUGCGCCGCCCGUCACGGGCGUCGGGACGUCCUGGCCUAUCUGGCCGAGGCCUGUGACAUGGACAUCGAGGCCGCCAACCGAGACUACAAGCGGCCUCUGCACGAAGCUGCCUCCAUGGGCCACCAGGACUGCGUGCGGUACCUGCUGGGUCGUGGAGCCGCGGUCGACUCCCUGAAGAAGGCCGACUGGACUCCUCUGAUGAUGGCUAGCACAAGGAAGAAUCUCGAGGUGAUCCAGGUCCUCGUGGAACAUGGUGCCAAUCCACUUCUGAAGAACAAAGAUGGCUGGAAUAGCUUCCACAUUGCCAGCCGAGAAGGUGACCCUUCCAUCCUCCAGUAUUUUCUCACCGUUUGCCCAGCUGCCUGGAAGACAGAGAGCAAAAUUGGCAGAACACCUCUGCACACGGCAGCAAUGCAUGGCUGUUUAGAGGCAGUAAAGGUGCUUCUUCAGAGGUGUCCGUAUGAACCAGACUGCAGAGAUAAGUGUGGCCUCACACCCUUUAUGGAUGCAAUUCAGUGUGGACACAUCAACAUAGCCAGGCUGCUCCUUGAAAAACAUAAGGCUUGCAUUUCUGCUGAGGAUUCCCUGGGGGCCCAGGCUAUACACAGGGCAGCAGUCACUGGGCAGAAUGAAGCCAUCCGAUUCUUGGUCUCUGAACUUGGCGUUGAUGUAGAUGUGAGAACAACAUCAACCCAUCUCACAGCACUUCAUUAUGCAGCUAAGGAAGGACAUGUGAGCACAGUUCAGACACUCGUAACCUUGGGUGCUGACCUCAACUCUAAAGAUGAAAGAAACCGAUCAGCCCUGCACCUGGCCUGCGCGGGUCAGCAUGUGGCUUGCGUCGAGUUUCUUCUGUGGUCUGGACUGAGGGACUCUCCAGACGUGACAGGCACCCUGGCUCAGCAGCUCACACAGAACACGGACAUCCUUCAGUGCUUCGGCCGUGGAGUGAAGAAUGAGGGUGUUUCUGAACAAAGGCCGUGAAAUGCCUGGUGACUUAUGUCCUGCUGCUUGAGUCAUCACCGGGUCCGGUGAGAUGGUGGCUAGCCUGUGUCCUCUGCCCCCACCCCUCACCUCGCACGCUCCACUCCAGCUGAGGGCUCCCAGAGGACAUGGACCCUGGCUUCUGGGUGGGAGGAUGGGCACCCUGAGCUCUUGAGCACACUCAGAAUCUCCUUAACUUGGAUCACACUCUGCACCCUGCAAGUGGACUUAACAGGACAUUUGUGCGUCAGUGGCUGGGCUUCUAAAGAAACAUGUGGCAUGCAUGAAUGUAAUAUAGUACACAUACUUGUAUGUAUAUGUUUGUACAUAUAUGUGAGAUAGACGUUUUAUAGUAAAUAUGUGGUGAGGCAACAAUCAUGUUACUAUAAGAAAUUGUUAGCUUGAGCCAUAAAUCAUAAUGGCCUGUUUACUUUUUCUUUCAUAGGUGUUCCUUGGCCAUUUCAAUGGUUUAACUUUUGGUUUUGUAGCCAGAAAAUAAGUACUUAUAAUCUGUUUUAUUUACACAGACAUUUAUAAAGAAUUAAUUAUAAAUUCUAUAUUCUAAGCACUGCUGGUUAAGCUCUGUUUUGAUCCUAAAUGAUUAUUUUUUUUAUUAGACAAGUUCUAUAUUGGCUCCCUUCACGUAUUAAAUACACAUAAAAAAUGUAUCUGAGAUAUUUUCAAAACUUUUUGGGGUGGCCAUUUAGCUCAGGUGGUUAGA